UCAGCGUGAGUGUUGCGGGAUGCGUCGGAUACCCUUUCUAGUCUUCAGCCUCUGUGGCAUGCAUGUAGCACGCGCCCAAUCCUUGGGAGAUGUUCCUUUUCGCACUGUGGAAGCCCUGUGGAGCUUCCACGACGGACUGGACGAUUGGGCGCAGUCAUCAACGGACACGAUGCGCGCCGAAAUCAAUCCCCGCGAUGGAUACAUCCAUGGAACUGUCUUGGCCGACGCGCCGUUCGUAGACUCUCCGCUUUUGGACCUCGAGAUCGAAGAUCGUCAUCACUUUGUCGUCCGCAUGGCCUACGACGGAGCAUGUGCUCAAGCUGGUCUCCAUCUCGAACGGCGCGGCGCUCCAGUCACCCCCAAAACGAACCCCAAGGCUCCUUUCGUGAACCCCAUCGUCGUUCGGUUCCCAAUCACGUCGGAUGGGUCGCAACAUGUGUACUACGCGCCACUGUUUCCGUAUGUCCAAGGCGACAUUUCGCGCAUUCGGUUCUUUCCGUGUCUGUCGGGGAAUGAUGGUCGCCACCAAGGCAAUACGUUUCACAUUGAUUGGAUCAUGGUUGCCAAAGCUCCCACCGUGACCAAGGUCCGUGGCUGUAUUGACCGGUACUCCCAGGUGCCGCUAUUACAGCCCCUCUUGGCCCCAUCAGCCAACAUCUCCAUGAUCACGACCUUGACCAACGGCAUCCAUCCUGUGUUUAGCACCCUCUUCCACGCCAUGAUACUGCCCUUCGCAUCCACAUACAACUGCUAUCCUGGAGACGAGAUCACUGUCCAAGGACGUAACUUUGGCGAUGCCGCCCUAGUCCACAUCAACGGCGCACCGUGCCAAAACAACUACCCCACUCUCGAGUCGAUCCCCGAGUUGGCAUCGGACGCACCAGACGAAGAAGUGUUGACGUGUGUCCUGCCAGCCAACUUGCCUCGUGGGCCAGCUGUGGUCACCGUCACGAACGAACGCUAUCGUGGCCUUGUAUUCAAUGGCACAAUGGUGGCCUACGCAGUACCCGUCCAAUUGACCACGGCCCCGUCGUUGUCGAAUGUCAUGGCACAUGCAGUCGACAUCACGUGGACACCCCCCCCGAACGACGUCUGGACCUGCUUGACCAUCACGGGGUACCUCGUCAUUGUGCGUCGUCUUCGUGAUAACGUCACUGUGACCACCAUGCUCGGAAACGUCACGACGACGACGCUGGCGACCUUGUCCGCUGGUGCCCCGUACAGCGUAACGGUCUCCGCAGUCGUCGAAUCUCAAAACACAACCGACUGGCAACAAGUCGACAUGUACGGUCAGCGCCUCGCGUUGCCGUCGGCCAUUGUGGGACUACCUUCGCCAGCUCUAGUGUUUUCAACACUUGCCCUGGAUUUCGAAUUCACCACGUUUUCUGCCCAAGCGACACUGAACCAUAGCAUAUCAGUCCCCACCGCCGCCACGCUGGGCCCCACCGGAGACGUCGGGGGACAAGGCCUGCUUGGGCUCACACUUGUGGGGCACGCCCAUGUCGAGCACUGUAAUGCGACCAGUGCAUGCUGCGACUUCGACAGCACCGGACAAACGUGCGCGUUUACGUGCCGCGGCAGCACGCCGUCGCACAUAUCAAGUGCCCCACAAUCUACCUCCAACUCUGGCUCGACAACAGCAACCACAGCAGGAGUAUCGUUGCUGACAUUGGUUACCAACGUCACCUCCACCCCAACUUCGUCGCCCCCCCUUCGUCCGUGCGGCCCCGCCUUGCGACUCACGUGGUCGGCGCCGUUCUUGACAGGGGCGGCAUGGUACCCUCGUCGGCAAAACGUCCGCGAAGGGUUUGCGACAUCAUUUCAAUUCCGACUGUCGAAUCCGUCGCUGCAGUGCAAAGUCAUGGACGACGUGUCCACGCACUGUCGGGCCCGUGGGGGCGACGGGUUUGCAUUUGUCAUCCAAAACGAAGGCGGGGCGUCGAUCGGGCGCGGGGGGCAUGAGGUCGGCUACGGCGGCAUCCGCAACGCCGUAAGCGUCGAAUUCGACACGACUUAUAACGCCGACACGGCCGACAUGUACGAGAACCACGUUAGCAUUCACACGCGCGGCAGGUCGCAGCCCAACUCCGCGCACCAUGCGUACUCGCUGGGCGCAACGUCCGAGGUCCCAGACCUGACAGACCGUGUACACACGGUGCACAUUCGCUACGUUCCUGUCCUCGACGACGACAUGCCGUUUGCGCCGCACUUUCAAGCGUCGGCGUACGUGUCGCAGUUCUUUGCCAAGACAACCGGAGCGAGUGCGUGGGGGAGUGCCGGCGUCGGCUGCCUCCAGGUGACCGUGGACGAUCGGACGGUGCUCAGCGUCCCACUGCAUUUGGACAACACGCUCGACUUGACGGGCGGCCGCGCAUUCGUGGGGUUCACGGCAGCCACGGGAGCGGUGGCGUGGCAAGCGCAUGACAUUUUGUCGUGGCAGUGGGAGUCGCUGCGCAUGUUUCCCCUUCCUCCCGCCCCAUUCACACACGUUUAAUGGCCAACACGCCACCACAACCGUGAACGGGUGUUUGCACUUGAAGUGGACUUUGCACUGCAGUAGGCAGAAGCCAACAAUGUCCGACGACGGCUACAGAGCUGGAUCGACCAACGUUAUACACUCCACAGGGAGUUCAACCACCAUAAACGACUCUAUGAUCUCUUCCUAGUGAUCUUUUCUUAUCUUGACUUAAUGAGCGAUGCCUGCGGCCGCCAACUUGGAUUCCAAUUCCGCGACCUUGGCUUCGAGUUGUUGGAUGUGGGCGUUGGCGGAGCUCAGCUGAUGCUGCAGGUCGCCAGAACCAGCCGCGACGGGGGCCGGGGGAGGAGUCCCCGACGCCGUUCGAACCACUCGCGUCGGACGCGCCGACACGGGGGCGGCGGUGCCGGCCUUGCCGCGCGACGUGAUUUCGCCAAAGUUGCGCGGGUUCAACGACGACAAGCUCGGCGUCUUCUCCGACCCGGCCAGCCAUUCAUCCGCCGUGUGCGACGGCACCCCAGAGAACGUGUCCGGGAAGAUGUCGUCUUGGAACGCGUCCGACUUGCGCGGCACAUACACAUGCAACGGCUCCACGGCGUUGGUCGUGAGCUUGAGGAGGCGAGCCGUCUCGCACGACAUGAUGUCACACGCGCGCUUGGGGACGAACGCCAUGCCGCGGGCCGCGGUCGUCGAGCGGUAUUCCGUCAGGGGGUACGCAAACGGCUCGGCAUCGUUCAUUUCGUAGUACCGGAUGUUGCCGUCGCCCUUGCCGCACAAGUAGAGCAAGUUCGUGUCCGCGUCGUAGAACGGCAUGAUCACGCCCGCGGCUUGGUCAAUGUCGACCUUGUGCAGCUCCUUGUCGAGCUUUCGCGGGUCCCACACCUUCAUGCGGCGCUGGGACUGGCGGGAGAACCCGAGCGUGACAAACAAGUUCUUUUCCCCGAGGAAAGCCAGCUUGACACUCUUGCUGCCUUCGUGCGCUUGGACUGACCCGGACAACCCGCCCGAUCGCGCGUCGUACAUGCGCACGAGCUUGUCCUUGCUCGACGUAAUGAGCGUGGACCCGGUGUAGUUCCAUGCCAAGUCUUGCAGCAAGUUUUCUGAGUUGUACUCCAUGUUGGCGAUUUCACUGCCCUUCUCGAUAUCCCACAAGCGGACCGUGUAAUCGGCCGAAGUCGACGCCAACACGUUGGACGCCGUCGGGUGGAAGCCCAGCAGCGUGACCUUGCGACCGUGGCCGGUCAAGUCCACGAGGGGUUCAGUCAUGGUCUCGGUCAAUCCACCUUCGGGAAUGCCCCAGAUUUUGAUAGUCGUGUCGUCGGACGCAGACGCGAUCAAGUGUUCAUGGAACGGGUUGAAGUCAAAGUCCAUGAUGGCACCGCGAUGCCCACCGACAAGGGGGUAGUCCGAGUCGAAUUUGCCCACCUUGUCAUACGGGACAACCGCGAAUGCGCCGCCCCCUGCUUGGAUCGCCACGGCAAAGAACUUGGUGUUCGCUUUGAUGUAGUUCUGUUCCCCUGUAGCAGUGGCUAGACGCAGGUUCGUGUAGCACUUCUCGAUCUUUGCUGGUUCGAUGUACACAUGGCGAUAUUUGGAGGAGCGGACGAAUUGACUUGUCAUGAUGGCCACCGCACAACAAAAUCGAAUG